UGGGAGAGGAUUUGGGGAUUUUUUUAGGGUUUUUUUGAUUGAUUGGUGUUGAGAUUUGGGAAAUUUUGAGGGAUUGAGUAUGUGUAGUAGCAGGAUGAAGCCGGAGUUGAAGGCGAAGACGUUUGCGGGGGAAGUGGAUGAUUUCUUUCCGCCAUCACCGAGGAAGAAGGAUUGGACGAUUGGGUUGAUGAAGGUUGUGUCUUUUCUUGUGAUUUUCAUGGCUGGUGCUGUGCUGGGGUUGUCGGUGAGCGCGAGAUUCACGCGCUACUUCGCGUCUCAGACGGAACUCUUCUUUCCGAGAACCAUUUAUACGGCUAAUUGCGAGGAGAGUAGCUUGAGCUUGAGGAGUUUCGUCAGCCCUAACCAUUUGAUGCAUCGGAUGAGUGAUGAUGAGCUUUUCUGGAGAGCAUCAAUGGUUCCCAAGAUGGAGGAGUUCCCCUUUGAAAGGACUCCAAAGGUGGCGUUUUUAUUCAUGACUAGAGGUCCACUGCCCUUUGUGCCUCUGUGGGAUCGGUUCUUUGAGGGCCAUGAAGAGUUGUUCUCUGUUUAUGUGCACACUCUGCCGGAUUACAAGCUCAGUGUUGCCAAUUCCUCUGCUUUCUAUGGCCGCCAGAUUCCCAGUGAGGAGGUUUCAUGGGGAUCGGUAUCUUUGGUUGAUGCUGAGAAACGUCUUCUCGCCAAUGCAUUGCUGGAUUUCAAUAACGAGCGAUUUGUUCUUCUAUCCGAGAGCUGCAUUCCAAUAUUUGAUUUCCCUACUGUUUAUGACUACCUCACAAAAUCUGCGCAUAGUUUUGUUGAUUCAUAUGAUGAAGAUUCUUGGCGUGGACGGGGCCGGUACAACCGUCGCAUGGCACCCGCUAUUAAGCUCUCUCAAUGGAGAAAAGGUUCAGAGUGGUUUGAACUCAAUCGGCAACUGGCUGUGAAUAUAAUUGCGGACACCAAGUACUACUCACUCUUUAGGAAACACUGCCGACCAUCAUGCUAUCCCGACGAGCACUACAUCCCUACCUUCUUAAACAUGUUCCAUGGGUCCUUGAACGCGAACCGGAGUGUGACUUGGGUCGACUGGUCAAGAGGAGGGCCUCAUCCAGCAAGAUUUGGUCGAGCAAACAUAACAGCGGACUUCAUCCAGACCAUCAGAAACAACGGAACCAUCUGUACUUACAACUCAAAGCCAACCUCAAUCUGUUACCUUGCUCGGAAGUUUGCUCCCAGCGCAUUGGAGCCCCUACUGAACAUAAGUUCAUCGGUGAUGAAUUUUUAAAUUUCUCAUUGGUGCUAUUUUCUUCAAUCCCCAGCCUCACUGAUCAGAACACUAUCGUUCUCGCACGUCAUUGACUCACAGUUUGUAAACAGAUCCUUUUCUCAAAGGUAUUACCAGAGACUGCAGUUGGUCAUUCAAAUGCCCGUUUUUUCGGCGGGAGUUUUUUGUAAGAGACCAGAUUACAGAGGCUUCACAGCACUUAACUUUUUGUGAAUAUAAGCUCAUGAGAUCAUUAUUUUAUUACAUUUUCAUUGAUGAUUCUUUACUUGCCGUGAUGCCUUGUAUUGUGACAAGAGUUGAACUAUAUUUCAUCCUUUUCAUGAGUUGGAACUAGGCCUGUUGGUUGCAUCAUGGUUUUUGUUGUUGUGCAUUUAAAAAUGGAAGUUGUUGACAUUAGUAUUCUCUAUAUGUUGUUUGAAUGGAGAAUUAGGUCAACUAUUCCAUUUGGCAGUAGCUCUGGCAAGCUAAUGCUAACAUGUAAUCAAUUUGAUGUAUGGUUUGUUGAAUCUGGUGUUGGUUUUUUUGGCUGCAUUUGUGGUCCAUAUGUAAUCCAUAUGUAAUUUGAUACAUAGAUUCUAUCAAAUGGUUUCUGAUUA